GAAGGCUUCACGCACGUCCUUCUCAUGACCACAGGAAGUGUGGCUUCUAUCAAAGCCCCUCUUAUUGUUUCUGAACUACUGUCUUACGCGAAUGUGAAGGUCGAAGUCGUAUCGACGAAAGCCUCUAUCGCCUUCUUCGACGCAGCUGCAGUUGAGAAGGCUGGCGCCCGAGUCUGGAUAGACCAAGACGAGUGGGCGGAGGAUGGAGGCUACAGGAUGGGCGAUCCGAUUCUGCACAUCGAGUUGCGCCGUUGGGCGGACGUCGUCCUCGUCGCACCUUGCUCCGCCAACACACUCGCUAAGAUUGCCCAUGGCAUUUGUGACAACCUGGUGACAUCACUCCUCCGCGCACUCGCUCCUACCACUCCAACUUACGUCUUCCCCGCUAUGAACACACUGAUGUACGAGCAUCCCUUGACUAGUGAACAUAUUCAUAUUUUGCGGGAGGUAAUCGGAUAUGAGGUCCUUGGCCCGAUUGGCAAAAAGCUUGCUUGUGGGGACGUAGGAUUGGGAGCCAUGAUCGAGUGGAAAGACAUUGUCCAAAUUGUCCUUGACAAGUUCGCUUUGGUGAAGAGACCGUUCGUAGCAUCUGUAGCUCAAGGCUGAUACUCACUGACAUAUCUUGGAGACCCAAAUGACCCUGCUCUCUGUUGCCGUUGCACGCAGAUCCUGCAUAUCACCGCUAGGUACACCCUUGUACAAUCAUUGUAAUAUACACCGAUGAAACUCUCACGUCUUGUUUGGCAUCCUGCACACAGUCCACCUCCCCUCUACGCCCU